AUGAUAACAAACUUAUUUUCAACAUUUGAUCCAUCAACUAAUAUCUUCAAUUUAUCAUUAAAUUGAACUAGAACAUUCCUAGGAUUAUUAUUAAUCCCAUCAAUAUUUUGACUUACACCAUCACGAAUUAAUAUUAUUUGAAAUAAACUAAACUUAACCUUACACAAUGAAUUUAAAACAUUGCUAGGACCAAAAUCAUUUAAUGGAACAACAUUCAUCUUCAUUUCAAUCUUUAUUAUAAUACUAUUUAAUAAUUUCAUAGGAUUAUUCCCUUACAUCUUUACUAGAACAAGACAUAUAGCAUUAACAUUUGCAAUUGCUCUACCUAUAUGAUUAAGAUUUAUAUUAUUUGGAUGAAUUAAUCAUACAAAUCACAUAUUUGCACACCUUGUUCCACAAGGAACACCACCCGCAUUAAUAUCAUUUAUAGUAUUAAUUGAAACAAUUAGAAAUGUCAUUCGACCAGGUACACUAGCAGUACGGCUAGCAGCAAAUAUAAUUGCAGGGCACUUACUAUUAACGUUACUAGGAAAUACAGGACCAUCUAUAGCAAUAAACUUAAUUUCACUAUUAAUUAUUGGACAAAUACUUCUAUUAAUUCUAGAAUCAGCAGUAGCAAUAAUUCAGGCCUAUGUUUUCUCAAUUUUAAGAACUUUAUAUUCUAGAGAAGUAUACUAA